CAUAGUAGUGCGAUUAUCGGCAGGUUUACAGCGAUUACUAGCUAUUUUAAAACGAGUAGAAAUUUAUCAGCAGUAUUUAACAUCAUUUUUGAAGCUUUUAUUAGUGUUUUACCAGCAUUUUACCAGAAGUUUAAAAGUAAACAACAACAUCCAAAUUCCACAAUGGUUGCAGUGUUUGUUGGUGAUCUUCACCCAGAAGUAUCAGAUCUGAUGCUUCUAAAUAAAUUCAAUCAUGCAGGACCAAUUCAAUCGGUCCACGUCUGCAAGGACAAGAAGACCGGCUUCCCGCUCGGCUACGCCUACGUCAACUUUUACCAUCGAGCCGACGCCGAGCGAGCUAUACAGAUGUUCAACUUUGAACUUCUAAUGGAGAGACCCAUGAGGGUCAUGUGGUCCCGAUGGGAACCCACUGCGAAGAUUACCGAAGGGUGUAACAUCGUCAUUAAGAACCUUGAUCCGUCCGUCAAUGGAAUGCUCCUGAAAGGCCGCCGAAUCACCGUCGAGUACUUUAAGUCUCGGGAGGAGCCCAAGGCUGAAGACCAAAACCAGGGCAACAACUUGUACAUCAAGAACCUGGACGACAACAUUGACAAUGACUGCCUGUACAGGACAUUUGCACAAUUUGGAACCAUCAAAAGUGCAAAGGUGAUGAUGGAGAAGGGGCGUUCAAAGGGGUUCGGCUUCGUCUGUUUUACAUCAUCCCAGGAUGCCAUGAAAGCCAUGAACGAGCUGAACGGAAUGAUGUGGGGCAAGAAGAAGAUCUACGUUGGACUGGCUCAAAAGAAAGAGGAGCGCCAGGCUCUCCUACAGAGAAUGUUCAGGAAGGAGUUCAGCAGUCCUGCUGUCAAGACGCCUUGCUCGGAAGACCUUGUCCAAUCUGUGGAGACAGCUGCCACAAAAUACAUCGUGGAGGCUGUGGAGACAGCUGGCCCAGUGGACACUGUAGAUGGUGUGGUGACAGAUGCCCCAGUGGACACUGUAGAAGGUGUGGAGACAGCUGCCCCAGUGGACACUGCAGAAGGUGUGGUGACAACUGCCCCAGUGGACACUGUAGAAGGUGUGGUGACAACUGCCCCAGUGGACACUGCAGAAGGUGUGGUGACAACUGCCCCAGUGGACACUGCAGAAGGUGUGGUGACAACUGCCCCAGUGGACACUGUAGAAGGUGUGGAGACAGAUGCCCCAGUGGACACUGUAGAAGGUGUGCGACAUCCACCCCAGUGGACACUGUGGAAAAAGCUCCAGCUACACUUGAGGAAACCAUGAAAAUGAAGCAUAGAAACAGCAAAAAUUAGAAAGGGGAGAAUAAGAAGAAGAUGAAAUGUCACAGA